GUUUCGGAAUAACGGCGGGAUCUAGAAAGCCUUUUCCUCUUCUUCUUUCUCGCAUGUACCUUUUUUUUUUUUUUUUUUAUGUCUUUUCUCUUUUUCUGUUGAGACUGGUUCUCCUUGAUGUUUUUCGAUUCUUCCAUGGCUUCGUCAAGCUGUGGAAGUUCAGUUCCUGCGCCAGAGGCCGUUCAAGUUCUCGUAUCGUCUCUGGCAGAUGAAUCCCCCAUGGUCAGAGAGGCAUCCAUGGCCGCCCUUAAGGAUAUCGUUUCACUAAACCCGCUUCUAGUUCUCGACUGUUGUUCGGCCACUUCCCGAGGAGGCCGUCGGCGCUUCGGGAAUAUGGCUGGGGUCUUUCAAGUUAUGGCAUUCGGAGUCCAAGCGCUGCACAAAAAUGAUGUUGAUCCUCCUUUUAUGACUAAACUGGCUAAAAUCGCCACGGCUGAGAUGAUAUCCUCCAAGGAACUGAAUGUUGACUGGCAAAGAGCUGCAUCUGCGUUGCUUGUUUCGAUAGGCUCACAUUUUCCUGACCUAAUGAUGGAAGAAAUUUUUCUUCAUUUGUCUGGGCCGAAUUCUGCAUUACCUGCUAUGGUUCAAAUACUUGCUGACUUCGCUUCUGCUGAUGCAUUGCAGUUCACUCCACGGUUGAAAGGUGUACUUUCACGAGUUCUUCCAAUUCUUGGAAAUGUGCGAGACAACCAUCGGCCAAUUUUUGCUAAUGCGUUUAAGUGUUGGUGUCAAGCUGUUUGGCAAUACUACCUGGAUUUCCCUUCACAUUCACCUCUUGAUGGCAGCAUCAUGUCAUUUCUGAAUUCUGCUUUCGAGCUUUUACUAAGAGUUUGGGCAGCUUCACGGGAUCUAAAGGUUCGCACAUCUUCUGUCGAAGCAUUGGGUCAGAUGGUUGGCCUGAUUACCAGGACACAGUUAAAAGCAGCUUUGCCAAGACUUGUUCCUACAAUAUUGGAAUUGUAUAAAAAAGACCAAGAUAUUGCGUUUCUGGCGACAUGUAGUCUCCACAACCUCUUAAAUGCCACUUUACUGUCAGAAAGUGGUCCUCCUUUGCUUGACUUUGAUGAGCUUACAGUAAUUCUAUCGACACUACUUCCAGUGGUUUGUAUCAAUAACGAUAGCAAAGAAAAUUCAAGUUAUGCAGUCGGACUGAAGACAUAUAAUGAAGUUCAACGCUGCUUUCUGACAGUUGGCUUGGUUUAUCCUGAGGAUCUGUUUACAUUCCUAAUAAAUAAAUGCAGAUUGAAAGAAGAACCUCUGACAUUUGGUGCACUUUGUGUUUUAAAGCAUCUCUUGCCCAGGUUGUCUGAAGCUUGGCACAGUAAAAGGCCUUCACUAAUUGAAGCUGUAAAGUUUUUGCUAGAUGAGCAAAAUUUAGGGGUCCGAAAGGCACUUUCAGAGUUGAUUGUAGUUAUGGCUUCGCAUUGUUACUUGGUUGGUUCAUCUGGAGAGUUGUUUGUUGAAUACCUUGUGCGGCAUUGUGCUUUAACAGAUCAAGAUAAAAGUAAUCUUCAGAUGUCCAAAGAAGUCUUUGUGUCAGGAAAAGCUUAUGUCCCUUUCCAGUACAGGAGAUUGGAGGUGAAAAUUGAGGGAGUUUGUCCAAUAGAGUUGAGAUCAAUAUGUGAAAAAGGACUUCUUUUGCUUACCAUCACUGUCCCUGAAAUGGAGCAUGUUCUGUGGCCUUUUCUGUUGAAGAUGAUUAUCCCCCGGGUUUAUACUGGUGCUGUUGCAACUGUUUGCAGAUGCAUCUCAGAGCUGUGCAGACAUAGAUCUUCAAAUAGUAAUGCUCUUCUUAGCGAGUGUAAAUCUCGCACUGAUAUACCUAAUCCUGAGGAAAUUUUUGCCCGCUUAUUGGUGCUUUUGCAUGAUCCUUUGGCAAGGGAGCAGCUAGCAACUCAGAUUUUGACAGUCCUUUAUUAUCUGGCACCUCUCUUUCCAAAAAAUAUCAACUUGUUUUGGCAAGAUGAGAUUCCAAAGAUGAAGGCAUAUGUUAGUGAUACGGAAGAUCUAAAACAGGAUCCUUCUUAUCAAGAGACUUGGGAUGACAUGAUAAUUAAUUUUCUUGCAGAAUCUUUGGAUGUUAUUCAAGAUGCUGAUUGGUUGAUAUCCCUUGGAAAUGGUUUCACUCAACAAUAUGAACUUUAUACUCCUGAUAAUGAACAUUCUGCACUACUUCACCGGUGCUUUGGCAUGCUGCUUCAAAAAGUCAAGGACAGGGGUUAUGUCCGCGAUAAGAUUGAUUGGAUGUAUAAACAAGCUAAUAUUACGAUUCCAACAAACCGGCUUGGUUUGGCUAAAGCCAUGGGAUUGGUUGCGGCAUCCCACUUGGAUACUGUAUUGGAAAAGCUGAAAGACAUUCUGGACAAUGUUGGGCAAAAUAUCUUUCAGAGAUUCUUGUCUUUUUUCUCUGAUAGUUUUAGAACAGAGGAAUCUGAUGAUAUACAUGCUGCUUUGGCCCUCAUGUAUGGAUAUGCGGCAAAAUAUGCUCCAUCAACAGUUAUUGAAGCCCGGAUUGAUGCACUUGUUGGUACCAAUAUGCUAUCACGGCUUCUUCAUGUGCGCCAUCCCACAGCAAAGCAGGCAGUUAUCACUGCUAUCGAUUUAUUAGGCCGUGCUGUCAUUAAUGCUGCUGAAAAUGGUGCAUCUUUUCCAUUGAAAAGAAGAGAUCAGAUGCUUGACUACAUAUUAACUUUGAUGGGCCGUGAUGACAAUGACGGCUUUGCUGAUUCUACUCUUGAACUUCUGCAUACGCAGGCCCUUGCUUUAAGUGCAUGCACCACGUUGGUCUCCGUGGAGCCAAAACUAACAAUUGAAACUAGAAACCAUGUAUUGAAGGCCACGCUGGGGUUCUUUGCUUUACCAAAUGACCCAGUAGAUGUUGUUGAUCCCUUGAUUGACAACCUUAUCACUCUUUUAUGUGCAAUUCUUCUCACAUGCGGAGAGGAUGGAAGAAGUCGAUCUGAACAGUUACUGCAUAUUUUGAGGCAAAUUGAUCAAUAUGUUUCUUCGCCUAUGGAUUAUCAAAGGAGAAGAGGUUGUCUCGCAGUGCAUGAGAUGCUUCUCAAGUUUCGGAUGGUUUGCAUCAGUGGAUAUUGUGCCCUAGGCUGCCAAGGAUCUUGCACGCACAGCAAGCAAAUUGAUCGUACACUGCAUGGGAACUUUUCAAACUUACCAACUGCAUUUGUGUUGCCAAGCCGUGGGGCCUUGUGUUUGGGAGACAGGGUCAUUACGUAUCUUCCACGUUGUGCAGACACUAAUUCUGAAGUUAGAAAAGUUUCUGCUCAGAUUCUCGAUCAACUAUUUAGUAUUUCACUUUCACUUCCAAGGUCAGCAGCGUCUAAUUUUGGUGUGGAUCUAGAAUUGUCAUAUGGUGCAUUGUCCUCCCUAGAGGAUGUGAUAGCCAUCUUGAGGAGUGAUACUUCCAUUGAUCCAUCCGAGGUUUUUAAUAGAAUUGUCUCCUCUGUUUGUGUAUUACUGACAAAGGAUGAGCUUGUAGCUACGCUUUAUGGUUGCAAUGCUGCUAUAUGUGAUAAGAUCAAGCAAUCAGCUGAAGGGGCUAUUCAAGCUGUCAUUGAGUUUGUUACAAAGAGAGGGAGCGAGCUGGGUGAAAUUGAUGUAUCAAGGACAACCCAAUCUCUGCUCUCUGCAGCAGUUCAUGUAACUGAGAAGCAUUUACGUUGGGAAACACUUGGAGCUAUAUCCUCUCUAGCUGAAAACACCCGUACAAAAGUUGUUUUCAAUGAAGUAUUGGCUAUGGCUGGAAAGGAUUUAAUCACAAAGGAUAUAUCUCGACUUCGUGGUGGUUGGCCAAUGCAGGAUGCAUUUUAUACAUUUUCCCAGCAUACAGUGCUCUCAGUUUUGUUCCUGGAGCAUGUAAUAUGUGUCCUCAACCAGACACCAGUUCUUAAAGGUGAUUCAGAGAAAGCUGACAAUGCUAGUCAUUUUGUUGAGUGUCAAUCAGGGGACGACAUUCUGCAAGCUGCUAUUAUUGCUCUCACUGCCUUUUUCAGGGGUGGUGGCAAAGUGGGCAAGAAAGCAGUUGAGAAUAAUUAUGCAUCUGUGGUUGCUGAACUUACCAUCCAAUUUGGAAGUUGUCAUGUUCUAGCUAGUUCUGGUGAUCAAGAACCAUUACGGACGCUUUUAACUGCAUUUCAGGCAUUCUGUGAAUGUGUUGGAGACCUUGAAAUGGGAAAGAUUUUAUCUAGAGAUGGAGAGCAAAUUGAAAAUGAGAAGUGGAUCAAUCUAAUUGGAGAUAUUGCAGGAUGCAUCUCUAUAAAGAGACCUAAAGAGAUUCAAAGUAUAUGUUCAAUUUUAAGUACCUCGUUAAAUCGUCACCAAAAAUACCAAAGGGAAGCUGCAGCUGCUGCACUAUCAGAGUUUGUCCGCUACAGUGGUGGAUUUGGUUCUCUAUUAGAGCGGAUAGUGGAGGUUUUGUGUCAACAUGUGUCAGAUGAGUCUCCAACUGUUAGACGCUUGUGUUUGAGAGGAUUAGUACAGAUGCCAUCUAUACAUAUUCUACAAUAUACAGCUCAAGUUCUUGGCGUAAUAUUAGCUUUACUGGAUGAUCCCAAUGAAUCCGUGCAAUUGACUGCAGUUUCUUGCUUACUCAUGAUACUUGAGUCAUCACCCAAUGAUGCAGUUGAACCAAUUUUGAUUAAUCUUUCUGUAAGGCUUCGUAAUCUUCAGACAUGCAUGGAUAAGAAGAUGCGAGCUAAUGCUUUUGCAGCUUUUGGAGCACUAAGCAACUAUGGAGUUACAUCACAACAUGAGGCAUUUGUUGAGCAGGUACAUGCUACUCUUCCCCGCUUGGUUUUGCAUCUUCAUGAUGAUGAUGUCAGUGUUCGACAAGCUUGCCGGGAUACUCUCAAACGAAUCGCACCCUUGCUGGAAAUGGAUGGAUUUUUCACUUUGCUCAACUCACAUUGUUUCAACUCUGAUUAUCGAAGUGACUAUGAGGAUUUUGUCAGAGACUUGUCAAAACAAUUUUCUCAGCAUCUUCCCUCCAGAGUUGAUACCUAUAUGGCAUCAGCAAUACAGGGGCAGAGCCAUUGGUAAACUGUGGGGCCAUUGAUGAUUUCAAACCAUUACACUUGCAAUGGCCCUAGCCAUGGUCCCCCAGGCGACAACAGCUCUGCCACCGUCUACAAUGGCUGUACUUGUGUUGUUUCUAGCUCCUGCAAAGUUGAAUACUCUUUUUCUUUGGUUUUAAUGUUUCUAUUCCUUCUUGUCUUUUUUAUAUCCCCGGUCUUAAUUUGUGUCUAGCCUGCAAGAAUGAAUACUCUUUUUCUUUGGUCGGUCAGUGCUUUCUCUAUUUAACUUUCUGCUUGCGUGAUACUGGUCUCAGUUCUUGUUGAUUUGCUUUUUGUGAUACUGGUCUCAGUUCCUGCUUCCAUUUUAAAAGCAUUAUUACUUUCUAUUUGGUUCCUGAAUUAAUGUUUCAUUGGUUUAGUAUAAUCAUAUAUUUCUCCUGAACCAGAGAGAGGGCACUGUGUUCCACAGGGUUAUUUUAUUAAGAUAAAGUAUCCAUCUUGUAGUACAGUUUAAUGAGCGUGCGUAUUAGCAUGACUAAAUUAUAUUGAAUGCGUUAAGCCUUCAUGGUGCCCAAAGGACCCUGAACAAAGGGACGUUGAAAUCCAGCAUAUUGUUAUGUUGUUUGCUGAUGUAAUAUUAUGGU